ACCGCACAUGGCAUCCUAGCCAUCUCGCCAUCGCUCCAUUCUCCACUAGACUCUUAGAGUAGACAGACAGACAGACCUGCAAAAUGAGCGCUGCUGGCAGUCUCUCCCUCGCGCCCGUGUCCCAGCCCCAUGUGCUGACCAUCGCUGGCAGCGACUCUGGUGGCGGCGCUGGUAUCCAGGCAGACCUCAAGACCAUCGCCGCGCUCGGCGGCUACGGCUCGAGCGUCAUCACGGCGCUCACGGCCCAGAACACGCUCGGCGUGCAGGGCGUGCACCAUGUGCCUGCCGACUUUGUGAUCAAGCAGCUCGACUCGCUCUUCUCCGACGACCUGCGCCCCGACGCGAUCAAGUUUGGCAUGCUUGCGCAGGCUGACACGAUCUCGGCCCUCGCCAAGUUCUUCGCGGAGCUCGGCGACGCCAAGCCCUUCUUGGUGCUCGACCCUGUCAUGGUCUCGACGUCGGGUCACACGCUGCUGCCCGACAGUGCGACGCGCGCGCUGGUUGACGAGCUCCUCCCGCUCGUGAGCCUCGCGACGCCCAACAUCCCCGAGGCGGUCGUGAUCGCCUCGUCGAAGGGCGAGGCGCUGCAGCAGCCCAAGACGCUCGAUGACCUCGUCGCCCUCGCUGCCGCACUGAGGGAACGCACAAAGGUCCCCUCGGUCCUCCUCAAGGGCGGCCACCUCAGUCUCCCCCGCAAGGACGUGACCGCCACUGCCAAGGCGCGCGGCCUCUCGGUGCACUGGGACGCGUCGGGUGAGAUCAACGAGGACGACGGUGUCGAUGUCGAGGUCAUCUCAGACUGGCUCGUGUCCGAGGGCCUUGCCGCUGCCUCGCCAGACGUCAUUGUCGACAUCCUUGUCGAUGCGGCCGGCACGCGCCUGUUCGUCGGCACCAAGGUCGAGAGCAGCUCCACCCACGGCACGGGCUGCACGCUGUCCGCUGCGCUUGCUUCAAGCUACGCGCUCGAGACCAGGCGGAACGGCAAGGCGGCCGCUACCAUCUCGACCGAGGCGGUGGGCCAGGCGAUCGAGUACACGCAGGGUGCUAUCGCCGCGGCUUUCCCCCUCGGACGCGGACACGGCCCGCUCAACCACUCGUACCUGCAGUCCCAGCGGACCAUCCCUCAGCCAUCGGCACACAACCCCACGCCGUUCAUCUCGUACCUCAUCCGCUCGUGCCCCGAUAUGUGGCGCCAGUACGUUCGCCACCCGUUCGUGGACCAGAUCGGCAAGGGAACCCUCCCGCUGCCCGCGUUCAAGCACUACAUCGUGCAGGACUACCACUACCUGCGCCACUACGCCAGAGCGCACGGUCUCGGCGCGUACAAGUCGACCGACAUGGAGUCGAUCAAGGCGUUUGCCGAGAUUGCUCUCCACAUUGCCGCCGAGUCGACCAUGCACGUUGCCAUGUGCGAGAAGUUUGGCGUUACCCCCGAGGAGCUGCACUCUGCACCCGAGUCGGCCGCGUCGGCGGCCUACUCGCGGUUCAUCCUCGACAUCGGCACGCAGGGCGACGUGCUGGACCUGUACGUGGCUGUCGCGUCCUGUCUCAUCGGCUACGGCGAGGUCGGGCUGUGGCUCCAGCGUCGCCUGCAGACAGGGCAGGCGACGCUCGAGAACAACCCGUAUGCGCGCUGGAUCAGCGACUACUCGGGAGGCGAGUACAUUGGCGCCGUGCGCCGCGGUAUCUCCAACCUCGAGCGCCGCAUCGCCGCCGACCCCCCCACGCCCGCACGCCUCGCUCGCCUCACUGGUAUCUGGCAGGAGGUUGUUCGCCUGGAGCGUGACUUCUGGCAGAUGGGCCUCGACCAGAGCUGGUAACCGAUCUUGGUAUCAAACAAAAACAAAACAAAACAAAAUAGAUGACUAUGUAUGCACUCAUAAU